GAAGCACAUUAAACGGAGGCCUGUCCAAAACUUCUUCACUAAUAUGGAGCAUGCUGGUGCUUCCAUGUUGAGGAAAUGGCACCCAGCUUACCAGUCCUAGCGAGCAAUCAUCAGGUUGCUUUCAAGACAAAAGUCUUCCAUCCAAACAUCAAUAGGAAUGGUAGCAUUUGCUUGGAUAUUCUCGAGGAGCAGUGGAGCCCUGCUCUAACCAUCUCUAAGGUAUUGCUUUCGAUUUGUUCUUUGUUGGUGGAUCCGAACCCCGACAACCCUCUUGUCCCGGAGAUCGCCCACAUGUUUAAGACCGACUGAGCUAUGUACGAAGCCACAGCUCGUAGCUGGACACAAAAAUUAUGCCAUGGGUUGAAGCUCCCAUGCUUCCCUCUCACCUCCUGUCACCUUAAGUGACCCGAAAAUCGUGUUCUAAAAGAAAGUAAAGUUCCUCAUUCUCUCUACUGUGAAUUCUAUUUUUCUCAAUUCUAUGCAGGUUUGUGCUCUAGUUUCUAUUGUUAAAAUUUGUAUGGAUAAGGUAAUGAGAACAUGGCAUGAAUAUAUAUAUAUAUAUAUAUAUAUAUAUAUAUAUAUAGUGUGUGUGUGUGUGUGUGUGUGUGUGUGUUUUGCUUGUCGUGAUCAACUUCAUUUAUUUUGGUUUCUCUUUAUUGAAAAGUAUUUGAAGGAUCUAAAGGAUGUUAUGCUUCUUGGUAAUUGGUCAUUUACAGAAUUUUUACUCAAUUAGCAUCUUUGUUGUCAUCCUCUCAAGCAUCAGUUUAUAUAUUCUUGUUGCCUUGCCUUUCAUCUUUUACGCAAAAGCGAAUUUCCGAUGUGGAUACGAAAAGAAAAAAAAAAAAAAAGCUUGUCAUCAUUUUACUAUUCCAGUUGAAGCCCAACUUCACUGGCUGGGCAUUUGUUUAUUAUGACAUCUCAUUAAGAAAG